AAACAAUUGCGAUUGCAGCCAAUUACCUAAAUGUAUGUCCGCCCAUAUUUAACACGAGAUUUACAACUAAAUUUUAAAAAUCGGACAUCUUGAUCUAAGAACAUGAGCAACAUUAAGCGAUGUUGACAGACUUUCCCAGCGUCAUUUGCAUAAGCCCGACCAUAAAAGGGGCACCACAUUGGAUUGGCGAUCAGUUAGCAUCCAACUGAGCUGCGAAUUACAAACGGAAUUCACCAUGAAGUGGUUCAAUUUGUUUCUACUUUUCGGAGUUUUGGCUAUGAUCGGUAGCCUUGGCACCCUGACUGCCGCCGAGCCUGUGCCGGAGCCCAAGGGACGACCCCAUACAACUCGCCGGCCGAGGAACGAGAACGACGAGGAUCGCCGCUAGCAGCGCAAGCCCAUCAGCUGCAUCGAGCAGAAACCCGUUCGGGAUGCACAAACACACAAAAUUUUGGUCACGGUGAAAUGUUUCGGUCUGGAGACAAUGCAAUUUGUUGAAGUUUUAGUUUUGUAACAUCGCAAGUUCGAGUAAAAAUAUGCAAAUUAAACACGUUUGAAAUCAUUCGUUUAUUCGUUUAUAUUACCUGUAAUGCUAGAGUUAAAUUGGUCUGCUUAAAAAUAAACAUCUCAUAUUAUUGAUACAAUA